GCCUUAUUCCUUGCACGAGUUGAGUUGAGUCCUUUCUUCAGUUCAUUUCCUUCGUAACAAUGACAAGAAAGAAUAAACAAAUUUAAUCCGAAUCAUCUUUCAUCAAUUCUUUCCAUUUUGUAGUUGUAAUCUAAUCCAAAUCCAACUUCCCAAGAUAAAAAAUAGUACAAAGACAGAUCGUAUUUCGACUCUGGAAUUACUUGAAAACCAUUUCCGUCUCUCAUUUCCUCUCUCUGCCUCUGAUUCCUUUCUCUGAGUUGCAUUCUUCGAAUCUCACUCCAUUUUCCUCCAUUCCCUUUUUUCCCUUCAUUUCAACGCCACCCCCAUCUCUCUUAAUUUCCCAUUUCUCUGAAAAAUCAGUUCCCUUCCAAGGGCUGUAAUGGAUUAAGCUAUUGGAUUGACAAUUGGGAAGCAAAAAGGAGGAGAUGAAAGGGGAGUCAUCUGGGCUGAUAAUUGGGAUUUCAAUAGGAGUUGUGAUUGGUGUACUUUUGGCAAUUUCGGCUCUCUUGUGCUUUAGGUACCAACGGAAACGUUCACAGAUAGGAAACAGCAGCUCCCGGAGGGCAACGACGGUUCCUAUCCGGAUCAAUGGUGCUGAUUCUUGCACUAUUCUAUCAGACUCAACUUUAGCUCCAGAAUCACCUGUUAAAUCUGGCCACAAUGGCAUGUCCCAUUGGCUUGAUGGAUUCAGAAAAAGUAAUGUGGUUGCAGCUUCUGGGAUACUUGAGUAUUCUUACAGGGAUCUGCAAAAAGCUACAUCCAAUUUCACAACUGUAAUAGGACAAGGAGCGUUCGGUCCUGUUUAUAGAGCUCAAAUGGCGAGUGGCGAAACGGUUGCGGUUAAGGUGCUUGCAACUGAUUCCAAACAAGGGGAGAAAGAGUUCCAAACAGAGGUUAUGCUACUCGGAAGGUUGCAUCAUAGGAACCUCGUAAAUUUGGUUGGUUACUGUGCCGAAAAAUCCCAACAUAUACUUGUAUAUGUAUAUAUGAGCAAAGGAAGCUUGGCUUCUCACUUAUACGGCGGGAAGAAUGAACCAUUGAGCUGGGAUCUGCGGGUCCGUGUGGCAUUAGAUGUUGCACGGGGACUGGAAUAUCUCCAUGAUGGUGCAGUUCCACCAGUAAUACAUCGUGAUAUCAAGUCUUCAAAUAUUUUGUUGGAUGAUUCCAUGAGGGCUAGGGUUGCUGAUUUUGGGCUUUCUAGAGAAGAGAUGGUUGAUAAACAUGUAUCCAAUAUUCGUGGAACUUUCGGAUACUUAGAUCCUGAAUAUAUAUCUACUAGAAAAUUUACAAAGAAAAGUGACGUUUACAGCUUUGGCGUGUUGCUUUUUGAGCUUAUAGCUGGCAGAAACCCACAACAAGGCCUUAUGGAGUAUGUUGAACUUGCAGCAAUGACUUCGGAUGGGAAAGUUGGGUGGGAAGAAAUUAUGGACGACCAUUUGGAUGGAAACUUUAAUGUACAAGAGCUGAACGAAGUUGCAGCUCUUGCAUAUAGAUGUGUCAACCGUAGCCCUCGAAAACGGCCUACCAUGAGAGACAUCGUCCAAGUUAUCUCACGGAUUAUCAACUUGAGGCUUGAGCAGAAGCAUCAUAGAAAAUCUCUGUCAGCCACGACAGAUGAAGUUUCCAUUGAUAUUGACCGCUCCGAGCACUUUAGAAAGGAUUCGAUGGACAGUACUUCUGAUACCCAUGACCUUUAGACCAUAGCUUCCCUUUUUGGUUUUUCUCUUGAUUGUUUGUCUUGUGAUUUUAUUCUCUAUGAUUUUGUGUAUUAUAGUUGAUUCUUCCAUUUUUUUCAAUGACCUUGAAAUUUUGUACAUUACUCAGAAUAUAGAGAGCUUUGUAAAGUUUCUUCAGUGUAAUGACUUACAAUUGUGAAAGAUAACUUUCCUUGAGUAGUUUGUGAAUGAAAGCAUCAAAAUAUGGUUUCUUUUUGU